AUGAACUACCUGCGUCGACGACUCUCGGACAGCAAUUUCAUGUCCAACCUACCCAAUGGUUACAUGACCGACCUCCAACGCCCCGACCCGCCGCAGCAGAGCCCCGCAGUGUCGCCCGGGCCGUCGGAGAGGCGCCAGUCCACCAGCCAGCAGCCGCCUGUAGGCGGAGGAGGAGGAGGAGGAGGAGGAGGCUCCGGCUUCUUCUCAUCCAUAUCCAAUGCUGUCAAACAGACCACGGCUGCUGCGGCCGCGACCUUAUCCGAGGCAGCGGACCGGGCAGGAGUCACCAGCAGCGCCAAGAUCCUCCUGGUUGUCGACGACCAGCAGACCGACUGGGUAAAGGUCUUCAGAGGAAGAAAGGUCCACGGUGAAUUUGACAUCAAGGUAGAACAGGCAGAAUUCUCUGAAAUCAACCUGGUGGCCAACGCCACAGGCAGCUACAAUGUGGACAUUGAUGCGAUCCGGAAUGGGCAUAAGGUUACUAAAUCGUUUAAGCCUGACUUUGUGCUGAUCAGACAGCAUGCUUUCAGCAUGGAUAAGAAUGGAGACCACCGGAACAUAGUGAUUGGGUUGCAGUAUGCUGGAGUGCCAAGUGUUAACUCUUUGCACUCUGUCUACAAUUUCUGUGACAAACCAUGGGUGUUUGCUCAGAUGUCUAGACUUCACAAGCAGCUGGGCCCAGAGGAGUUCCCACUGAUUGAGCAGGUUUACUAUCCAAACCACAAGGAAAUGAUCACCUCCCCUCGAUUCCCCGUAGUGGUAAAGAUGGGCCACGCUCACUCAGGAAUGGGAAAGGUGAAAGUGGACAAUCAGUAUGAUUUUCAAGAUAUUGCGAGUGUUGUGGCACUGACCAAGACUUAUGCCACAUCUGAGCCUUUUAUUGAUGCAAAGUAUGAUGUCCGCAUCCAGAAGAUUGGUAGCAAUUACAAGGCUUACAUGAGAACAUCAAUUUCUGGCAACUGGAAGACUAACACUGGCUCAUCUAUGCUUGAGCAGGUGGCCAUGUCAGACAAGUACAGAAUGUGGGUGGAUUCUUGUGCAGACAUCUUCGGAGGGUUGGAUAUCUGUGCUGUGGAAGCUUUACAUGGUAAAGAUGGAAAGGACUACAUAAUAGAGGUUGAUGACUGUUCGAUGCCACUGAUUGGAGACCAGCAGGACGAGGAUCGCGUUCAGAUUGCAGAACUAGUGAUUUCUCAGAUGAACGAGACUGUUCCACGCACUUCAAGCUCUUCCACAGUCCGUGCCACCGGAGGACAGCCAGCACAGAAGGCGGUGUCUCCUCAGCCUGUCUCUCAGCCCAGAGUACCACAGAGUCAGCAGCGUCCCUCACCUCAGGGUGGUCCUCAGCAAAGCCCACCAUCUCAGCAGCGUCCACAGCCUCAAGGCCAGCCUCCUGCUCAGACUCAGCAAUCUGCGGCCAGCCCUGCGCCUGGUGACUCCAGCACCCAGGCUAAGCCUAACCAAGGACCUGCAGCCCAACCACGGCCAGCAGGUCAGGGUGCUCCUCAAAGCCAGAGACCUGCUUCUGGUCAGGGUUCUCCUCAGCGAAGCCAAGGAGGUUCCCCUCAAGCUCAGAGGCAACAGUCUGUGACACAGCAACAGAAACCCGGUGCAGGAGGCCAGAAACCUCCGCCACAACAGAGGCCUGCUCAGCCCCCUAGGCAGAUGUCACAGGGGGGGCCACAGCAACAGAAGGCUGGUGGCCCGCCGGGUCGUCCCGGAGCACCCACCACCCAGCAGCCACGCCCUGCUGCCCAAGGCCAGGGGGGUCCGGGAGGUCGCCCCCCACUGCAACAAAAGCCUCAGCCCCCGCAGAAGCCCAGUCAGGACAGCCCGUCCAUGGGCGGCUCUCCACAGCUAAACAAGUCCCAGUCUCUUACCAAUACCUUCAACAUUCCAGAAACCCCAACACCACGAGCCAGCCUUAGCCAGGACGAGGUGAAGGCUGAAACCAUACGCAAUCUACGCAAAUCUUUUGCCAGUCUCUUCUCAGACUGA